CUAGAUUAUCAAUUUGGUUUAGGAAUCCUGAAUUCUUUAAAAAAGAUGCUAAACUUCGAAAAGGCGAGUCUGUCAAGGUAAGUCGUGUUAUUGUUAGUAAAAAUGAUUCACGAGACCCAAAUUAUUUGAAAAUCAGUAUGGCAUGUGGUCAGAUUGAAAAAUGGUGUACAAAUAAUCUUCCAGAUCUUGAUAAUUAUCAAUCAUCGACAUCCAAACUUCCUAGCAACACAAAAACAUCAUUUACAGAUUUAGCAAGUCAAAAGAAUAAUAUGUUGUUAUUUGUUGGAUUUAUUCUUUUAGCAUUUACAACAUAUUUAUUGUAUUUUUGCAAUUGGGAAUAUUUGCAUGAUAAUGUAUUAGAUAUAUUAAAUCGUUUUAAUAUUUUAAAUACCGAAUAA